CCCUUCUGAGAGAAAAUACUUCGCAUGUGAUUCAUUGACGACAGCAGGAAAGUUUAAAUAUAGCCUACAAAAAGAAUACAAUCAGAUUUAACUUUUGCGUUAUCGCGGAUUCUACGCUGGAAAACCGGAUAGAGGUCGGUCGCAGUAGUCAGGAGAUGGUUGAAAUGAGGAUGAGCUGAACUCGAGCUGGCACAGUUACGAUCGUCACAGCUUCACCAUGGCUCGCAGCUGCCUCUGCUGCAUCAAAUACAUGCUGUUCCUUUUCAACCUGCUCUUCUGGUUGGGGGGCUGUGGUUUGUUGGGUGUGGGAGUGUGGUUGUCUGUGUCCCAGGGCAGCUUUGCCACCCUAUCACCAUCCUUCCCCUCCAUCUCUGCUGCCAACCUCAUCAUCACCCUGGGUGCUGUCAUCAUGGUUACAGGCUUCCUGGGUUGUCUGGGUGCCAUCAAGGAGAACAAGUGUCUGCUGCUGAGUUUUUUCAUCACGUUGUUGGUUAUUCUGUUGGUGGAGCUGAUCCUACUCAUCCUGUUCUUCGUAUACACAGACAAUGUGAGUGAGAACGCCAGACAGGACCUGAAAGAGGGACUUACUCUGUACAGCACCAACAACAACGCGGGCCUCCGCAACGCCUGGAACACCAUACAGACAGAGUGGCAAUGUUGUGGGGUGAAUGUGUACACAGACUGGCACACUGCCCUGCAGGAGAAGGUGGUUCCUGACCACUGCUGCCAGAAUAUCUACCAGGACUGUGGGCGCAAUGCCACCAACCAGUUCUGGACACAGGGUUGCUAUGAGAAGGUGGAGGAGUGGCUGGAUGACAAUAAACACCUGCUGGGAACCAUCGCCAUGUGUGUUCUGGUCAUACAGCUCCUUGGUAUGGCCUUCUCCAUGACUUUGUACCAGCAGAUCCACCGAUCCGGGAAGAAGUACGAAGCUUAGAACACACACACACAGUUUGAGACCCAUUACUUGUAUACAAAAUUAUACUCUAAAAAGACACACACAUGCCACAAAACAGCUUUUUAUUUAGUGUUUUGUAUUUAUACACCCUUGUAUCAUUUUGUGCACAAAGGCAAUAUUGUUUUUUAAUUAUCAUCUUUAUCAUUAUAAUCAGUGUUCUUGGCUGGGAUUCAAUCCGACCGCGGUUUGUCAACAAUGCACCGUAAAUGGGUUAUUCCACAAAUAAAGUGCCAACAAUCAGCA